UUUGAUUACGAUUAGCAGAGAAAAAACAUGAAGUCCUGCCUCAUGAAAUCAUGCAGAUUACUUUGUUUGGUCUUGACUUUGCCUUUACAUUUAAUGGAGAUCACUGGUCUGUACGGUAUGUAUAAACGCUUAUUUCCCUUGCUUGCCUACAACAUAACGUUUUCUUACAACGACAAAAUGCAUGAAAUAAAGAGGGAGCUGUUUCGAAACGUGAGCAGGUUUGCGAACACCGACGGCACUCUUCGGCUAAUGGAGAUAGGCUGUGGCAGCGGGGCAAACUUCAAGUAUUACCCCUACGGCUGCACGGUGAUCUGCACCGACCCCAACCCACACUUUAAGAAGUACCUGCAGAUGAGCAUGGACGCCAACACACAUUUGACGUAUGACAGCUUUAAAGUGGCCCGUGGGGAGGACAUGAAGGAAGUAAAGGACGAGUCCGUGGAUGUGGUGGUCUGUACCUUGGUUCUUUGCUCUGUUAACAACCCACUGCAGGUGCUGCACGAGGUGCGGCGCGUCCUCAGACCAGGUGGAGCCUUCUACUUUUUGGAACAUGUCGUUCAUGAUCCCUCCUCCUGGACAUACUUCUUCCAGCAUGUGCUUGAGCCUCUCUGGUAUUAUCUCGGGGAUGGAUGCAUGAUUACAAGAACAACAUGGAAGGAUCUAGAAGCAGCUGGUUUCUCUGAAUUAAAUCUAAAACACAUUGAGGCCCCUAAGGUGUCUCGAAUGAUAAGACCGCAUAUUAUGGGAUAUUCCAUAAAAUGACUGAAUGAGAAAACUGAAAAUUGCUCCUUGAGGGACUUGAGAUUUAUGAAU